CGCAAGGUCAUCCAUAGACUCGUUAAAAAGAAAAAGAUGACCAUGAUCGUCGGGAUUAGUAGUAGUGGUAGUAGUAGUAGCCAUAGUAGCAAUAAUCGUAGUCGAAGUGGUGGUAAUGGUGGCGACUACAACAACCAAAAAAAGAUGCCGCACAAGAUUUAUCACCAAGGCACAUUGCUACGACUAUUGGCAGCAACAUCCACUGACCGUGGUAAUGGCAAGAAGGCGAUAGUGACACCGCAUUUACUCGAGCAGUACCAACACGAUAUACGGAAAUUCAAAUUGGAAAAGAGGGUGAUCAAGCUGACAAACCAGAUGAUAUUCCUGCAGUUUGUGUAUCCUUUUCACGACAUCCUCAACUGGCUGACAUAUCCGAUCAUGCUCCUGUUACAAAUCAUCAUCUUGUAUUUUCUGUGGUGGUGGCCAAAGAGCGAGAACUACAAUACCCCUAUGAAGGCGCAAACCAUGUUUUCAGUUUGGAUCUUUGCCAUCAAUGUCAUCCUUGUGAUCGCUGCGCCGUCUGUACGCGAUGAAGAAGAAGGAGAAGACGACGAGGAUGAAGAUGAAGAUGAUCUAAAUAAGCACCACAGUUCUCCCCACCACUAACAUCACGCAUGAAUGGCGUACAUAUUUCCACGCAUGUACGUAUUGUACAUAUCAAACAUUGUUUUUCGCAUUUUAUCACGUUCUUUUGAUUAAAUUUUAC